UACCUUGUGUAUCGCUUUAGUUGGUUAGCACAGGGCUAACGCCGAGUAGACCCGGACAACAGGAUGUCGUUUAUCUAGUUUAUCUAGUUAGGUUAGCGACUUAUACCACUGUAUUUGGAUGUGUGGAGGGUUACAUUUAUACUUUACUCGGCCGCCUUUUUCUUUAGAAGAGUCGUAUUUUGCCGUGAUGGAGAAGUUGGCUACAAACCCAGCAAACGGCUAAGGAUGAGGUCCACGAUGAACACCCCUGUUCAGAGGACCGGAUAUCGCUAAAGGUGCACAAACUCCAUCUCCUCCCGAUCCCCACCGGAUCACGCACUCGCAAUGGGAAGAAUCAGCGUCUCCUGUCUGUUCCCGGCGUCGUGGCACUUCAGCCUGUCUCCGGCUGUGCUCCCGAGGCUCGUGUUGCCCUCCUUCAGGCAACUGCUCUGGUUCGGGCUCAUGGCUGCACUGCUGGGCCUCGUCUACCUGCUGCUGGUCGCGGGGAAGGGCCAGAACAUCCGGAUCGGAGAGGACAAGCACUACCACAGGCAUUUGGCACGGGUGACAGAUGUGGAGGCCACGGACACCAGCAACCCCAAUCUGAACUACGGCGUGGUGGUGGACUGCGGGAGCAGCGGCUCGCGCGUGUUCGUCUACACAUGGCCUCGGCACAACGGCAACCCCCACGACCUGCUGGACAUCCGGCAGAUGAGGGACCAGCACCGCAAGCCCGUGGUGAUGAAGAUUAAACCGGGCAUCUCUGAAUACGCCACCACCCCGGGGAAGGCCAGUGACUACAUGUACCCUCUGCUCAGCUUUGCUGCGGAGCAUGUCCCCAAGGCCAAGCACCAGGAAACUCCGCUUUACAUACUGUGUACCGCAGGCAUGAGGGUCCUGCCAGAGAGCCAGCAAGAGGCCCUGCUGGAAGACCUGCGCACUGACAUUCCCGUGAAUUUCAACUUUCUCUUCUCCGAUUCACACGUGGAAGUCAUUUCAGGGAAGCAAGAGGGCGUGUACGCAUGGAUUGGAAUCAACUUUGUGCUGGGAAGGUUUAACCAUGUUGAGGACGAUCGCGAGGCCGUCGUGGAGGUGCAAGUUCCCGGCGGUGACCAGCAGGAAACACUGGUGCGCCGGCGGACGGCCGGCGUGCUGGACAUGGGCGGCGUCUCCACCCAGAUAGCAUACGAAGUGCCCAAAACUGUAAGCUUUGCUUCUCCACAGCAGGAGGAGGUGGCCAAGAACUUGCUGGCCGAGUUCAACCUGGGCUGUGAUGCGCACCGCACAGAGCACGUGUACCGCGUCUACGUCUCCACAUUCCUGGGCUUCGGUGGAAACGCUGCCCGCCAGAGAUACGAGCAGAACCUCGUCAGCAGCACGCACCUCCAGAACCAGCUCUUGGGUCAGCACCGCGGUGGAAGUGCCGACUCACCCCUGCUGGACCCCUGCCUGCCCGCCGACCUGCAGGACGAGGUGGGGCCCCCCGGCCAGAGACUCCACCUGCGCGGCACGGGCGACUUCGACCGCUGUCGCCUGCUGCUCCAGCCCUUCCUCAACCGCACCAACGAGACGAGCACGUCCCUCAACGGUGUCUACCAGGCGCCCAUCGACUUCUCCAACAGCCAGUUCUACGGCUUCUCCGAGUUCUACUACUGCACGGAGGAUGUGUUGCGGAUGGGCGGAGACUACAACUCCACCAAGUACGCCAGUGCCGCUAAGGACUACUGCGCCACCCAGUGGAGGACUCUAAAAGAACGCUUUGACCGCGGCCUCUACGCGUCUCACGCGGACCUGCACAGGCUCAAGUACCAGUGUUUCAAGUCUGCGUGGGUGUAUGAGGUCUUCCACUCGGGCUUCUCCUUUCCUGCGGCCUACGACAACCUGAAGACGGCGUUGCUCGUAUAUGACAAAGAGGUUCAGUGGACCCUGGGAGCCAUCCUGUACCGCACACGAUUCCUACCUCUGAGAGACAUCCAGCAGGAGAGCCUGAAGGGUUCUCACUCACACUGGCACCCGGGCUUCACCUUCAUGAACAACCACUACCUGUUCCUGGCCUGCUUCCUGGUGGUGGUGCUCUCCAUCCUGCUCUACCUGCUGCGCCUGCGUCGCAUCCACCGCCGGGCAGGCCUCAACCGUGGGGCCUCCGCCCAGUGGCUAGAGCAGGGACUGGUCUCCCCCAACCUCGCCAUCAACCUAUAGGGCCCAGUCAUCUGCCAAUCACAACACCUGGUCAAUAUCUGGGGGUGGGCUUUGGCUCUCCUGACCACGUUUUGUUUUUUGUGUUAUUGUUUUUAACUGUAAAGCUUGGACCUGGUAAAUUGUGCGCAUGUUUCCACUAGCUAGAGGGGGGUGGGGGGGGUGUAGGAGAGAUCUGUCAGCCCCUAGAAGCACAGGGGCUGCUAGACUGGACUCUCUGUACCCUCCCCCCUCCCAAGGCCUUACCAGUGGGGACUUUUCUCAAAAUAAUGUUGAUGGGAACGUCUUCUGAGGGUUUCUGAACAUGAAUGGAAGCUCCCGGAAGUAGCAUGGGAAAGAAUGCCCUUGUUGGUCCCGCUGCAGGACAGCUACGAGCCAGUUGCGUGACCCUGCGUGACCUCCAGACAUUGCCUUCGUGACAUCUGCUGCCUUUAAACACUUUUGUCAAUGUGAAAGUAGUAAUGAACUGAGGUUAGCAUGGGGCUGCCCUCUCGCUCUCCAGCAAACAAUCUGUCUAAUGAGAGAGGAGUGGCUGCGUCUUCUCUCUCUCUCUCUCUCUCUCUCUCUCUCUCUCUCUCUCUCUCUCUCUCUCUCUCUCUC